AUGGAGGCUCAGAGAGACGCCGGCUGUGGGGACCAGUCCCCCCAAGAGACACACCGAGAGAAGGCGCGCGUGGGACGAGGAGAAAACGCGAGACGCAGCAACCAUCCGAGAGCAAGGUGGACGCGUUCUUUCGAAAAGGAACAAAGACCAACUUCAGGGUCCACACUCCGAGACAGAUGUCCGCCUCGACGCAGGCGUCCGCCGACAGCGGCUCAGGAGCCCUCCCAAACCGUGCCUUUCCGUCCUACCGACCCUCUCUCUUCGUCGGCUCCUGUCUCGUCAUCUCCUUCCACACUGGGGAGUCAAACUGGCGGCAGUCCUUCUGCAGACCCAGCCGCCUUUUGGACACAGAGUCCACCUGUCCGGAUCGUUUCGCCGAACUCUCGGGAGAGGAGCGGGCGUGAAGGCGGCGCUUUGGAGGGGGGGCGUACACUGGAAGAGAAGCCAGCUGGCGAGAACGUGGAGCGGGCCGGAGAUCGGGCACACGCUGCAGCAGUGGGCCGUCCCUCCCCAGGGGAGACUGUGGACUGUCCGGCUUCAGACGAGUCGCCGGCGGCAGGCGCAGAUGCAGCUGAGUCGGCGUGCGGUCUGAGACAGGCGAGAAACCGGCGGGAGGGAAACGACGGGACGGCGGAAGAGAGCGGACCGCGCAAGGGGGGUUGCGAGAAUUCGAGGCCACACACAGACGACCAAGACGAAAGAGGCCACCACGAAGGCGUGGAAGCAGCGACACGUGCAUCUGCCGAACGGCACACACGCGGCGAGCGGCCGGCAAGCUCUUGGCCCACCCAGCGGAGAGGGGAAAGGGUGGAGCGCGGCCUGGAAGGGAGAAAUCAUGGCAGUCGCGUACGAGAACGCGGAGUGGUGUUUUCAACUUCCUCCUCGCCUUCGUCGUGUAACACCUCGCUUUCUGGCGCAUCUCCGUCGGCCGCACCCUCCCCUCGGGAGUGCGCGCUGCCUCCGUCCGCUUGUCCUGACUCUUUCCCGGCUUCUUUAUCCGUUUGUGACUCGGCUCCCUGCUCCAGUCCCGUCUCCGUCAGUGCGUCGUCGGACGUUUCCGGUCCUCACCCCGAUGCAGGCGCUCGCCCCGAUGCAGACGCAAAGCAGCCGCCAGACCGAGAUACGGAAGAUCGUCGCCCCGCAGAGCUGUCCGGCGGGCCCCAGGGAGGGGUGAGGCCACCGGGGGGACGAGCGCCGAAGCAAACAGGAUGUUCCAACGAGGAGGAACGGCUGCCUGCUCAAGCGCCGAUCCGCAUGGACACGGACUCGAGCGUGGAACCGAACGCGGUCGACUGCUCUGCCUUGCCUUUUGCGUCGCCGUGUCCCUCGGAUCCCGCGCCUCUUCCGCAUGCGUAUCCGCCGUCUCGCUCUUCCAACUCUCCGGCCGCGUACUCCUUCAUCCCGCACUCCUUGUGUGAGUCUUCGUCUGGUCCUCUGUCGGUUGCUGCCUCCGUCACUGCCUCCUCUCCUGGUGCGUCGCGGGCCUCCUCGCCCUGCCUGGCUUCGUCAGGCUCGCCGGCGCCCGCGGCGCAGCCUAUCCCGCCGCCCUCGUCUCCUGCACGGUCGCCGCCCUCCGCGCCUCCCCUGCCGGCGAUUCCCGCGUGGAUUCGGGUGUACUUCGACCCUUUCGUUCGCGGCCCGUCGUUGCCCCACUGUCUCCGUUGUGCGCGUGCGACUGCCGCAGCUGCGCCUGCUUCGGAGGCGAAACCAAACGGAGGCGACACUGCACUCAGCAGCCCCUGCUGCUGCGGUCUUCCGAGGCAGCCGCCCGCGCUGUGUCGCCCGGCUCCUGACGCAGAAUCUCCGUCGGCAGCCCCGUCGUCGUUGGCCGUGCCGGGCUCUUCUUCCCCGGCUGCCGUCUGCGCGUCGCGCGCCUUCUCUGCGUCGCCGUGUCCCUCUGGGGCUUCAGCGGUCGCCUGCGCUGCGUCGGCGCCUCGCCCUUCGCCGCCUCACGCCACUCCUUCCGCCCGCGCUUCGACGCUCCCAUUUCCGUUGCUGGCCACCCAGCUGUGUGCGCGGAGCCUGUUGGCUGUCAUUUCAAGCGACGACCUGCGCCUGGCGCGCUGGAAGCAGAUGCUGAGCAACCUGCAGUUCGGCGUCCGGGCCUUCUUGAACGCCCCUGAAGUGAUCUACUGUCGAGGCGUAACUCGCGGAGCUCAGGCGCGUCUCCUAGGGCUCGCCGUAAACAUGCUGCCGGUGUGGAUGUACCUCGCAGUGCAGCCGGGUAGCCACUUGGACGCAGCCGGAGGCACCGGCGAAGAGAAGCAUGGCAGGCGGAGCGCGGCGGCCGACAGGGGCCGGGAGAGCCCGAAUGUGCUGAGCUCGAAUCCCCCCCGAGGACACGCGGAGGAGGGGACGACUAAGACUCCCCUGGACCGGUCUUCGUGCAGGCUCCCGGCCGAUACUGCACUCCGCUCUGCCGUCAACCCGAGGCACGGCAGAAAAGAGCGUCAAAACGCGAGCGGAAACGGCGACGUAAAUGAAGGCGCCCCAAAGGGCGUGGGGGGCCGCAGCCGUCGAAGGCCGGAACACUGCGGAGGACAGGAACCGCCAAGACAGCCCGGUGAAGACGAUCGCCGACAUCCGACGCGUCCGGAUGCUGAGCCCGCGCCGACGGCGAGGGCCGGGGAAAGGCCCGUUGACGAGGUGGGGGCGCAAGAGCCGAGAAAACGGAGCCGAGCAGACGAGUCGCCGAGCGCGAAGCGUCGGGUACUGCGGAAGCGCAGGACAGUCGGGGAAGAUGUGGAAGAGAGCGAGAGGUCCCGUGCGGGGGUGCUGGGCAGUUCGAGUCCAGCAAGCAACGGAGCGAGCGUCGGGGACUGGGAGCGGAAUAUGAAGAAAGAAGAGUCUGAGGUGCCGGCGUUGUCGCCUCGCUUGUCGCCGGAUGGCGCGGAGGCCGUCUUGGAGACGCCUUCAGGCAAGAGCGAGACUGAGACGUGUGAAGGGGGAACGGCAAGCAACCGGCAGGGUCGCGAGACCGCCGUGGAACAUGAAGCGGCUUGCGAGGCUGGUGCUGGAGACAAGGACAGCGAGGGCGGCGCCCUCGAGCCGACAAGAGGCACGGGAGGAACGCACACGCGCAUAUUACGGAUGCUGGAGUCUCGCGCUGGCCCUCACUCCGACUUCGCCUCUACCCAAGGCACCGGGGAUGCAGCAGCGGCGCGGCCGGCAUUCUCAGAGGGCGCCGGACAGGAGACACCCGGGAAGCUCCACACAGAGACAAAGACAGCGUGGUGCGGUGGGUCGGAAAACGUAUCGAGAGUCUCACACAGGCUUGCAGACAUCAAGCCGUCGUGGUGUGCGUGUCCGUCCUUUUCGACUUCCCCUCGGGCUUCUAGAUGUCACUCGCCUCCCUGUGCCUGCUGCAAAUCGGCCGAGUCCUUUUCGUCUUUGGCGGCGUCGCCUCUGUCGACGCGCUGUUCAGCUGCUUUGUCAGUCUCUGCUUCAUCUUCUUCCCCAUCUUCGGCUGCGGCUUCCUAUGCCUCCUCGUCUUCUUCUCCCUCCUCAUCUUCUUCCUCGUCUUCUUCUUCAUCGGCUUCUUCUCCCUCCUCUUCUUCUCCCUCGUCAUCUUCGGCUUCGUCUCCGUCGGCUCUCGGUUGUCGUGGGGGGAAGGCAGAAGCGGGCGCCGAAGAGGACCCAGAGGCGCCCCUUGUUGCGGCCGCCGGUUCACUGUCGUCGUCACAUCUGUCAAGGGCGCGUGAAGGAAAGGUGCGGGGCGGGGCUUCCGCGCACUCUGAGACAGGCCUGAGAGAGGCGACGCACUCCGAGCUGAGCUCGACUGAGAGAGCCCGACAAGCACCCAGGGAGGCUGAGCCGACAGCUGCGCCUUCGAGGCCGUGCGCCCAAGAGCCUACCGACUACAGGCGCCGGACGCGACAGGGUAGAGCGACGUUGCGCGUGCCGGCUGAGCUGCUCGCCCAUUCAGCCUCCGAGGGAGACGGGCGCAGCGGGGAGAGCAAGGCCCCAGGCGGCGCGAAGAGGCCGGCACGCCAGGGCGAGCUUAAACGCCCGCGCGAAGCAGAAAUGGGGACGGACACAGGGAGAGUGGGCGACGGCGCGUUGUGGGUGGUCUCGGGAAGCGACAGGCCUGGCGCUGAACACGGGUGUAAGCGCGAAAAAGUUGAAGAAGCGCAGACACAGAGAGACAGACCCAACGACGAGAAACGUGGAGAAGAGCGGCCCGAGGGGCGCGACGGGGAGAUCAACGUUGAAGCAGAAGAAAUGCAGGACAGCGGACGAUCCGUUGGAGUGAAACGCGAAGCCAGAGACCGAGAAGGACAGGGUCGGAGCACACGUCUGAGCAGGGGAAACGGAAAAUGUGGAACCUUUUCCACGCAAGAGAGAGAGGGAGGUGGACUCGAGGGGAGACGCCAGCAAAGCCGCGACGCGACUGUCAGGAACCCCGCGACUGAAGACGGCAAAGUUCGUUUUCUGAAAAACCCACAUGUGCGUGAAACAGAGACCCACGCGUCGCUCUCUGUAGAGGCCCUGGCUUCGCCAAACACGUCGCCAGGUGAAGAACGCCCAGGCCACCCGUGCAGCGACUCGAGCUCGGCGACACCCGCGGAAGUCGCCACGGUGUCUGCCGCGUCGCGUGCACGCUGCAGCACAGCCGGCGCCUUGCCUGCGUUCGCGUCUGUUGAGGAGGCCAAGUCUCAGGUCCCCGCGGGCGUAGACGGGGUCGACGAAGGCGACACGGACUGGGUUCGUGGCCGCGAAAGAGGCGAGGCGAUCGCCCAGCCCGCUUCGCAGUCAGGCGCACUGGGGGCGACAGGCGAUGUUGGCGGCUGUGGCGCGGCUUCGCCUCACAAGAAAGGGGGAGACGAAAGGGGAGAAGAAAGCAGGAGAGGGCGAGAUGAAGAGCACAAGGCGAACGCGGGAGGAACCGUCGUGGAGCGCGGCUCGAUCCGCAUGGAACUGCAAGCCGAAAGAAGGGUAACGAGAGCGGGCCUGAGAAACAAGCGGGCAUGCGAAGGGGGGGGCGGCUCGACGCAUGCACCGGAGACAACGAAUGCGAGACCGGAAGGUCGCGUCGGUCGCCGUGGCUGUCCUGAGCGAACUCGCGAGGCCGAGGGAGCAAAUGGCCCCCGGUCAGAACCUCGGAUGUCGUGUCGGCGACUUCUGCGGGAACAGCCCUACGCCGCCACUCAGUUGUCUGGCGCGACGUUGGCGUCUCCCUUUCAUUCGUUUUCUUCGCUCCCUUCGCACGCUCCGCCUCUCUGCGCGGCAGGGGCUGCGCCGGCUGCCUCGCCCGCCUCAGAUCCGGAAGAGCGUCUCGAGCACCUCCUGCUCUUUUACCGCCGAUGGCUGGGCGACCGGCGGUCGGGGAAUCCCGCGAGAGAGGCCUUGCUGCAACACGCGGAACUGCUGCUCCCAGACGCCUUUCUGUUUGGCCUGUUUCGCCUCCUCGCGCAUCUCGCGGCUCUCGAGCCUACAGUUCGCCCUGAGACGGAGAAUGGGGGGAUGGCGCUGCAGGCCGCGGAGACCAAAUGGGCGAGAGAAGGAAGCACCCCGGGCCUCAAGCGCGAGCGCGACCCAUACGAGGAGAAAAGAAGCCAACAUGUAGGAGACUCCGGGGGGAACCGGCGGUCGCGACCGCGGCCUCGAACAGAGAACCGGACUGUGAAAGCUGCGGCGAAGCGAGACGGACACGCGGCGGAGGGUUCGCGACUGGCGAGCUGCCUGCAGGCCUCGUCCCAUGCCGGCUCACCGUCAACUUCGUGGCGACUCUGUGGCGUCGCGAAGGUGGCGUCUGAGGUCGCGGUGGGGACGGAGGCACUCUGUCGGCUGGUCUUAGAAGGUGCGGAGCGGAAAGCGGUGGAACAGAAGCGAGCGCUGGGCUACCACCUUCGAGGAACUGCGGCAAACGGCGCUAGUGCAGCGGGACCCGGCGGAAGUCUGCAGAUGACUCCCGGGAAUUCAGGCUCCGCGACGGCGUUUCCGCCCCUGCCUCUGGUGAAGAAAGCAGCGUCGAAGCCUCCGCAAGCUUUGGGCGAUCGCCCGAGGGGCUCGGCUGCGUCCGCGGUUCCUGGUCUGCCUUCGCCGUUCGGUACAGCCUCUUUGAGGUCUUCCCGGACUUCCGAGCUGGACCGCAGCGGCCCUGCGGGAGCCGGCAGGUCGAGUUCUGACUCCCUGACGGGAUCGUCAAAGCGCCGAUGCAGCCAGUGGCCGUCGUCGCUGUCCUCGUCGUGUUCGUCUCCCGCCUCGUCUUCGGGACGCCGUCAGCCACGGCGUUCGGCGAGUCACGCGCACCCCGCCGGGUCUUCGCCGCGCGAAACGCGGAACUCGAGGCGGCAGCGAUCGCCUUCGGCUGUUCCGGAUUCCGCCUUGGCUUCGCGGCUUCGCAGGCCUCCCCAGAAGCCGAUGUCGGAGGCUGUGUCAACCGCAGGCUGGUCCUCGGGACCGCGGGGACUCUCCGUGUGUCCAGCUACGCUGUCCGCUGCGUGUGCACCUGCUGCCGCGAGAGGAAUGAGCGAGUCAGCCAGCGGAUCUGCGGGAAAAAGGGCCUUGCUGGUUGCGGUCGAAGACGCUUGCUCUUUGUUUCGCUGUAGCACAGUCUCGGCGUUUCUAAGAAGUUCGCAACCUGCCGGGAUGCCGAGCGAAGGUGCCCACCCUGUUGACUCCGCGACGCGAACCCCUCGUCGCUCUGGCGCCAAGGCGAAUCCUCGGAGCGGCAGUUCAUGCCCGGCAUAUUCAUCGCCGUGGCCGUCGUCCACGUCUUGUUCGCCGGGAGUCGGUGCAUCGGCCUCUGCAUGCGCAUCAGCCGCCUGUGCGAUGUUGUCUUCCAGCUGGGCUGGCAAGCGCGCGCGCCUGUACCACAAGCUCCGAGAGCUUCUCGUCGACUUCACCUGCGUGGUUGGGCGCCUCGCAGCCGUCCACAUGGACCACCGCCGGUGCUGCAUUCUUCGAUGCAGAGAUCUGCGCGCGGCGGCACGUGCGCUGGACUCUCUACCGAGUUUGGCUCUGGACCGGAGAAGCUGGCCCAGCCGCGCACACGCGCCGAGCGACGCGGGGCCGAGAGGAGACAGCGAGGCAGCGAGCGCUGACAGUAGGAGAGACGAACGCGAAGGCGAGAAACCAGGGAGACGAGCUGAGGAGAGACAGGAGAGGGGACAGGAUGCGCGGCGGACGCCCAAGAUUCGAGGACGCAACGAGGAGCGGUUUGUCCCGACGUGUUUCCGCGGCAGCCUCUCACUCGAGCUGGACAAGUCUCUCAGCGCGCUGGAGUCUGUGGCCGGGGCAACAGAAGGCCCCCGGAGUCACGUGCCCAGAGAGGGCUGUGAAGCGGCAGCACGAGAAGGCCUUCAAGAGGAGCGUGCCUGGGAGGGCGCGGAAGGAGAGAGUGAAGGGAAAGCGGAGGGCGGCCAGGCUGUUGGGCUCGCCACCCGUCGUUGGUCGCCGAGGCUUUUGAGCUGUGGCAGAGCGACGAUUUCCCCAGCAAAUCAAGCAGAGCCCCCGUCCAGCCUGCACUGCGUGUCAGCAGCUUCGGCGCCGGGGCUGCAAUCUGCCGGUGGCGUUGCGGGGAGUCGCCUAUGCCGCGGGAAGGACAGAAGAAAGCGCGAGGACGUCGCGGAGUCGGGCGACACCCUGGAGACAGGCGACGCGACGGGAGAAAAGCCUGCAGGAGGGGAAGAGAAACUCAAACCCCUAGGGGGCGAGGGACGACGGCGAAGCAGCGGCGAAGAUCGGCUGCGGAACGACAAACUGCGGAGAGGCCAAACAGUGAAGGGCGAGAUCAGCGAGCGAGGAACACAUGGCCAGUGGCAGGCAGAAAGCACUGCGGCGACCGAAACAGCAGGACGUCGGCACCAUGCGGACAGCGAAACAAAAGUAGAGCUUCACGGGCGACACCCAAGAACAGUGGCAAGAGGCGCAGAAGCGGGAGGAGCGGCGCUGUUGAGGGAGGAAUCGAGGGAGACUUGCGAGGGAGAUUCGUCUUUGCGGUUCAAUGGGGACGAGGACCGCAAGGUAACCGAAACGAGCGACUCGGAUAGCAGCUUUCAUCCCUCGUCCUCGCCGUCUGACGAAGACGAGGACUCUGAGGACGAAGCUCUGCGGCAGUGGGAAGCGCAGGCGAACGCGUUCGGUAGCCCUUCAAGUGGUUCAGCCGCUUGCGCGUCGUCCUCGUCCCCGGCGUUGCUCGUGCGGAUUCCCUGUGGAGGAAUCGCGGAGGCGUUUGACGACUCGAGCCCAGGCUUCCCCUCUUCCGCUUCGCUCCCACCCGGAGAGCAUCGCGCAGGGUCUCUGUCUCUCGCUGAGUAUCUGUACCUUGUGGCGGGGUGUUUCUGUGGAUGCGCCGAUUCCGACUUUGCGCCGGAAGAUAUCACCGCCUCAGAAGAUGAAGAGGAGGACGAAGGACAGGAAGACGAACAGGCAGAGGAGGCAGACGAGGAAUCGUGCGAAGGAGAGGACAUGGGAGGUGAGACGGUCGCAGAAGACGAGGAGCUGGAACGAGAAGGCAAGGUAGGGCGGCAGGAAGACGCAGCAUGUGGCGAGCGCGAAGAGAGGGACGAAAAUCGUCGAUGCCUCCGCGACCCGGGAGCGUGCCCAGCAAGCGAACAAAGAAACGAAUCAGGGCGAGACGCGGUCGGCGACCGUCGCAGUCUGGCGCCUUGCCUGGAACCAGAGCCGUCGGUGGAAGACGGGGAGGAAGCGAAGACAGCCAAAAAUCGAAGGGCUGGUGAAAGAAGAGACAGCGACGAAGAGAGAGAAAAGGGUAACGGAACGAAGAGGGACUCCGCGAGUCUCAGGCAAGUCUGA